CCUUGGAGGUGGCGUGACCGCGGAUCCCCUGAAAGUUGCGGGCGGGGUGGGGCGAGCGCUUUCCAGCUUCCGAUUGCAGAGGGUGGCGUUACUCCACAUCGCCCCGGGAAAGGAGAUUUCUCGCCUGCCGCGUACUGCUCAUUGCCUAAUAGGAUCGGGCGCUUCGUUCUUCAGGAAAAAACUUCAGGCGCCCAGCUAGGCAGGGACCCCAGCCGGGGCCCCCGCGGACCCAAACCAAGACUCAAACCAGGCAACCGAGGCCCAACCCAGGCAUGGCCGCGGACGCGGAGGCGGCGGCAGCCCGCACACUGUGGAGCUUUGUACGGACGCUUCUGGUCCUGGUUUUGGAGCUCCCGGCCCUCGUCGCAGAGUCCUUGAGAGUGGAGAUGGCAGGGAAGACUCAGACUAUGUUGCUGAAUCACAAUGCCAUCAUCUCCUGCAAGGUCCUUGGUUCUUCACCCCUGAACAUCAAAAAUGUGGGUGUUAUCUGGUCUCGGAAGAACCCAGUGGAUGGAAGAGAUGUCACAGUGUUUGAGUUUUAUGGAAACCACCGAGAGGCAUUCAGAUUAGGAGCCAGCGUGUCUCUUCAGGGGCUGGCGAAGGGGGACGCCUCCCUGCAGCUGCCUGAGGUCCAGCUGUGGGAAGCAGGAGAGUACCGAUGUAAGGUGGUGAAUACCCCUGACAGGGGCCAGGGGACAGUCUUUCUGGAGGUUGUAGCUUGCCCAGUCAGCAGCUUGUCUUUGGAGGAAGCCAAUCAACGUCUUCUGUGUGAGGCAAGUGGGUUCUACCCAAAGAACAUUAACAUAACGUGGUGUAAAUGGAGCCAGGAGAAUUCCCAGUGUGUGAACAUUUCUGAGAACGUCACCACUAAUGCUGCCAUUGCGAAUGAAGAUGACACAUUUAAUGUCACUAGCUCUUUGAAGCUGAAGCGCUCUCUGGAACACAAUGCGACCUACCAAUGUAGGGUAGAGCACGUGUUCUUGUGCACCCCCUGGAGGAGGAACAUCACUCUGGGUGAGAACGUGUCUGAGCCAAAAGGUGAUUCAUGGAACCUUCUCUGGAUCUUUGCUCCCUGUUUGGCAGUAUCUGUACUACUGAUAGUCCCUUGGAAGAGGUUCUGCUGUCCAGGAGCUGUUGAUGGAAGAGGACACUUCACAAAGAUACUUAGUGAAGAAGAGACUCCUAAGGCCUUCAUUCACGAUUGCCCUGGAUUCUCAGGUGGUGUGAGUGAUGGCCCCAGGCACCCACCCCACGCUAUAUCCUUGUCCUUUGCUGUGUGACUUUGCAGUGCCCUCCCAUCAUGGGCUGCCCCUGGACACUGGGCUCAACCUGGGGACUUGCUCUGACCAAUGGAGGGAGACAAGUGAAAGAGGCCUUGUGUAUUGCCAUUUGCUUUCUUUUGUGCUUCUGACCUUGGUGAGAGGAGGACGCGUCCAGACUGUCCUGCUGGAGGAUGACAGACAACGGAGGCUGGAGCGAGCGGCGCUGGAGGAGGCCAGUCUAUAGUGAGUCCUCAACAGCGUGCAUAGGUUCUGGGACUUUAAACAAGACGGUGUAUAAUGAAACUAAUUUCACUAUAGGCUAAUGAGAGAAACAAGUCAGGUUCCUACGGCAUCUUGUCAACAGUAUAAUGAGAAUGUUGACCAAAACCAUGUUAUUUGAGGACCAUCAGCUGUGGAUUGGAUGGCAGCCGCCCAGCUUCCAGACAUGUGAGCUGAGACCAUCAGUGUCAACAGAGCCAACUCUCGAAUGUGCCAGAAAUAUUUUUUAAAAGCCACCAUGUAUUUCGGCUGGCUUGUUACAACCUAGGUUGGCUUGUGACAUAGCAAAAGCUAACUGAGGUAGCUACUCAGGAACCCGAAUUUUUACUAAAAAAGUGUGGUUGCCACGGAUAUGUGCUGCGGAGACCCCCUUUGCUAUGAAGACUGUAGCAGCCAACACGUUCCAGCUGUGUCAUCUCAGGGACCCGCUGCAGUGUUCUAGCCCAGGCUGUGCUCCAGCCAGCGGCUGGACAAAGCAGGCAUCUCGGGAGCUCCCUGCCAGAGUGCCUUAGCAUUUCUCAGGGUUGCACUGUCGUCUGAAGCUCUUGCUACCCAAUCCUCCCUCCUUCCUCCCUUCCCAGAUGUCAGACCUGCUGCAACAUCAUCCAAAGACUUUCCUCACCUACUUCUGAGGUCUGUUUCAUGGGCACUGCUUCUAGUAACUCUUGUACUUCUAAUGCAUCUUGAAAGCUGCUCUUAGAAGACCCAACCUAACACGAGAAGGGACUGAAGAACUAUAAGGACAGGUGCUUUCAUUAUGGUGCAUUCAUGGCAGAUGCGGGUGGAGGAGCCACCAGAACACUGAGGGUUCUCACACAGUGACUGGCAACAGAAACCACAAACUUUCUCAGGGAAUGUGUGAGGAACCAAAAUGAGUUUCCCGAUGACGCACACAGUUUGCUCCAGAGCAGCCUGUUCAAACGGCCCUCUUGGAUACCCUCCGGCCAGUCAGCUUUUUCCAAGAUAAGGUAAAAAAGCAACAGUUUCCAAAGAAAGUAUACAGAUGGCCAACAGGUACAUAAAAAGGUGCUUGACAUCAUUACUCACCAGGAAAAUGCAAACCAGAACGAUGAGACAUCACCUCACCCCUGUUGGAGUGGCUACUAUAAAAAAAUAGACAAGAAAUGAAAAGUAUUGGCCUGGAUUUGGAGAAGAGGGGACACAUACUGGUGCACUGUGGGUGGGAAUGAACAGUGGUGCAGCCAUUAUAGAAUGUAGCAUGGAAGUUCCUCGAAAAAGUCAAAGACAGAACUAACACAUAAUCCAGGCAUUCCACCUCUGGGAAUUUGCCUGAAGGAAAGACAAACACUGAAGUUAGUACACCUCUGUGUUCAUUGUAGCAUUACUUACAAUAGCCAAUACAUGUACACAACCUAAGUGUCUAUUGAGGGAUGAAUGGAUAAAGAAAGUGUUUUGUGCACACACACACAGUCAUGUACCACUUGACAAAGGGGCUACAUUCUGCAAGAUGUGUUGUUAGGCAAUUUCAUCAUUGUGUUAACAUCACUGAAUGCACUUACACAAACCUAGAUGCUGUUACAGUCUUCCACACACAUAGGCUGUAUGGUACAGCCCAUUGCUUCUGGGCAACAAGCCUGUACAGCAUGUUACUAUCCUGAAUACUGGAGGCAGUUGUAAUGCAAUGUCAGUAUUUAUGUAUCUCAGCAUAGAAAAAGUACAGUAAAAAUGUGGUAUAAAAGAUCAGAAGUAGUACACCUGUACAGGGCACUGACCAUGGAUGGAGCUUGCAGAACUGGAAGUUGCUCUGGGUGAGCCAGUGAAUGUGGAGGCCAGGACGUUGUACUGGUGUAGACUUCACUGCACACUCAGGCUGCACUAAACUUAUAAAACAGUAUGAGACUGAAUGAAGCACAUGAGAAAAUGAUAUAAUCAAGAGACGCAGUCAACAGGAUUUGAAGCUGCUGCUAGUAUAAUACCACAUACUGUUACAGCAAACUUAUUUGCUUAAUUUAUUUUUAGGUUGAGGGGACUGGAGGCAGGAAGAGAGGGAGAGGAAAAUCAAUGUGAAAGAGGAGUAUAACCGGUUGCCUGUAGUAUCUUUCUGACCAGGUACUGAACCUGUAACCCAAGCAUGUGCCCUGACCAGGAAUCAAACUGGUGACCUUUUGCUUUGCUGGACAAGGCCCAACCAACUGAGUCACUCUGUCGGGGUACAACCUCAUUUUUAUAGCUAGAAAAAGGAUACUCUAAAAUAGCAAUAAAAUUAUAGCAUAGUAAAUCUGUGAGCCCGUAACAGUCAGUAUCGUUAUGAAGUAUUAUGUACUGUACAUAAAUACAUAUACCUUUAUACAUAUAUUUAUAUGACUGUCCGGGCAGCAGGUUUGUUUACACCAGCACCACCACUAACACGUGAGCCAUGCACUGUGCUAGGACACUAGGGUGCCUGUGACUUCACUAGGUGAUAGGAAUUUUUAGCUCCACUGUAAGCUCAUGGGACUGCCAUUGUCGAACGGUACAUGGUGAGCAGAACUGUUGGUACAGCAUGGAAUAUUUGAAAGUUGCUAAAAGAAAAUGUUAAAAGUUAUCACAAGAAAAAAUUUUGGAACUGUAGAGACAUGAAUUUUAAUAAGACCCUUUGUGGUGAUUAUUUUGCAAUAUAUACAAACAUCAAAUCUUAUGUCAUACACGUGAAAAUAAUAUAUGCCAGUUCUACCUUAAUUUAAAAAAGGGCGGGAGAAGGUAGAGAAAGCAACAGUUAUUGACGUGUUUCCAUUUCAAAUGCUAUUUCUUCGUUCAUUGAGAUCAAUCUGUACAUGCCAAUAUACGAAUAAAAGUCUUGACUUUUAA